UGCUAACCGCGGGGCCCGCCAACCCGCCGGCCCGGCCAGCCCAGCCCAGCCCGGCGGCCCGCAGCCCCGCCGUCCGCCGCCCCCCGCCGCCGCCGCGUUGCCAAAACAAACGGGCCGGCCUAUUUAUUGGCGGCGGGCGAGCCGGGCAGCUCAGAGUCGAGGCGCCGAGGGGGACAGCGCGCCGCCACCAGCCAGGGCCCCGGGCCCCCGCCCCGCACCUGAGUCCCGCCGGCCCUGCGCCACGCCGCGCAGCCCAUGGCGCCCCCACCUGGAGCCCCCCGAAGCCACCCCGACGCCUGAGCCCCCUCAGGGCCCGGGUCCACUAGCCCACCCAUCAGCCCACCAAGCGCCCUCGCCCGCCGCUCUCCCGGGCUCCCGGCCAUGUCUCCCGCCCGGCUCCGGCCCCGACUGCGGUUCUGCCUGCUGCUGCUGCUGCUGCUGCUGCUGGUGCCGGCGGCGCGGGGCUGCGGGCCGGGCCGGGUGGUGGGCAGCCGCAGGCGGCCGCCGCGCAAGCUGGUGCCGCUCGCCUAUAAGCAAUUCAGCCCCAACGUGCCCGAGAAGACCCUGGGCGCCAGCGGGCGCUAUGAAGGCAAGAUCGCGCGCAGCUCGGAGCGCUUCAAGGAGCUCACCCCCAAUUACAAUCCCGACAUCAUCUUCAAGGACGAGGAGAACACGGGCGCCGACCGCCUCAUGACCCAGCGUUGCAAGGACCGCCUGAACUCCCUGGCCAUCUCGGUGAUGAACCAGUGGCCCGGCGUGAAGCUGCGGGUGACCGAGGGCUGGGACGAAGACGGGCACCAUUCGGAGGAGUCGCUGCACUACGAAGGCCGCGCAGUGGACAUCACCACGUCGGACCGCGACCGCAAUAAGUACGGACUGCUGGCGCGGUUGGCAGUGGAGGCCGGCUUCGACUGGGUGUAUUAUGAGUCCAAGGCCCACGUGCAUUGCUCCGUCAAGUCCGAGCACUCGGCUGCAGCCAAGACAGGUGGCUGCUUCCCUGCUGGAGCCCAGGUGCGCCUGGAGAGUGGGGCACGUGUAGCUUUGUCAGCCGUGAGGCCAGGAGACCGGGUGCUGGCCAUGGGGGAGGAUGGGAACCCCACCUUCAGUGAUGUGCUCAUUUUCCUGGAUCGUGAGCCAGAUAAGCUGAGGGCCUUCCAGGUCAUCGAGACCCAGGACCCCCCGAGACGCCUGGCACUCACACCUGCCCAUCUGCUCUUCACUGCCAACAAUCACACAGAACCAGCGGCUCACUUCCGGGCCACAUUUGCCAGUCAAGUGCAGCCUGGCCAGUAUGUGUUGGUGGCUGGGGUGCCAGGCCUGCAGCCUGCCCGAGUGGCAGCUGUCUCCACACAUAUUGCCCUUGGGGCCUAUGCCCCACUAACGAGGCACGGGACGCUGGUGGUAGAGGAUGUGGUGGCCUCCUGCUUCGCGGCCGUGGCUGACCACCGCCUGGCUCACUUGGCCUUCUGGCCCUUUCGACUGUUUCACAGCUUGACGUGGGGCAGCUGGACCCCGGGGGAGGGUGUGCACUGGUACCCCCAGCUGCUCUACCGCCUGGGACAGCUCUUGUUGGAAGAGAGCAGCUUUCACUCACUGGGCAUGGCUGGGCCAGGGAGCUGAAAAGAUUCCUCCACUGUCCUCCCGGAACUGCCCAACUGGAUCCAAAGACCUCCCUACCUGGAGGGCAUUGGCCCUGGAAGAGACCCGAGCAGGGGGUAAUGGAUCCCACCAUUGCCGCACCCUACAGAGAUAUACCAUUGAGACUUGACUGGGCAAUGCCAAAGUCCUCCACCACCAUCUUGGUGUAGUGACAGAGCUGCAAGCUGAGCUGGCAAAAGGGUGGUCUGUCCUUCUAACUAUAGACCUCUAGACUGGCACAGUGGCUCCCAACCCAGCCAGCUCUCACUACGAUUUUUCAUACCUGCCUCCCCCAAUGGGGAGAGCCCAUUCUAUCUGUCUUAGGCCCCCCUUUGGUGGGCUUGCACCUCAGUUGAUGCUGCUAGAUUCCCUGGGAGCCAGCAGGGAGCUGGCUGGACUCAAUGCUGCCUGGAACUGAGAAGGCUGCAGGGUGGGGCAGCCAUCCUGGCCAUCCUGAGACAUGUCCUUCCUCCCUGGCCACACUCCUUGGGACACAUCCAGAGACUGUUGCUGUCAGUGGGCAGAGUUCUGUGUUCCAGCCAAUGUGACCGUAGAGCCCGGGACAGGGGAGUGGGCUGGAUGUCCUUCCCAUCCCUGUCAGGCUAAGUUCCCUCUUCUGCUGAACCCCCGCCCCCUCCUCUGGUCAGUCUUCCCCACCUUAUUUAUUGGCGCCAAGGGGGAAGCCCAUGGGAGAUUUGAGGGAUGUUUUGGUGUUUUCUUCCUUUUGUAAUAAAAAUUAUUUAAG